GCAGAAACACACACACACACACACACUCCUGUAAGUGUGUGUUAACAGAUGAUGUCAGCUGCACUCUUUCAGACAUCUGCAGGCUGUUUAGCAUCAGGUGGGUGGAGUCAGGCUCGCGAUUGGCCGGAGGGGGAACAGAUCCCGACCCUGGGGACGGACACCACACCCAUCUGUGUGUGUGUGUGUGUGUGUGUGUGUGUGAUCCUGCAUACGCUCUGUUGUAUUAGUUCUUCUUCACUGCAGAGCUGCGUGCAGAUUCUCAGAACUGGUUGUCGUCACCAUGGAGAUUCACACGACUCUUCCCCCGGUGGUUAAGGUGUUACCUGACGUUACUGCACCCCCUCCCACUGAGGUCGUCCCCAUCAUAGUGACGAAGGGUAUCAACGUGGACGACGAUGGAGAUUUGGCGGCACUGACCGGAGGAAUCAUCGGUGCUGUGCUGUUUCUGCUAGUCUGCAUGAUCGCGGCGCUGCUGUGGUGUACGUCCAGGCGUAAAGGCUCAUACGUCACCAACGAGGUGGACGACGACGACGACGGAGGCAUCGACGACGACGAAGGCAUCGACGAAGACGACGAAUCGAUCGGUUCUGAUGCGGCCCUUCAAAGCAGAGAACCUCAGGAGAUCAAAGAGGAGGAAUAAAGACACUUAUCAGCUGAUGUUGUGCUGAGGACUGAAGAGUUUUGUAGCUUUACACAAAGAGCACCUGAGGAGGAAGAUCUCUUUUAUCGUUUUUCAAUGGCGCCCCUGCAAAAUAUAAAAGUUGCUGACCGAAGUCAUCAGCCAAUGGCGGCAGACUUCCUGUGAACCAGACUACAAGUUUCCAAAAGCGUGAAGCAACUUUGCACUUCGCUGCGCCCAACCAGCAGCGAGAAACAAAACUGGACGACGAGUCAGUUCGGUCAGGCCUUCCCUCAACAGCAGCACCAUCUUAUUUCAGCACAAGAGUCUCAGUGUGUGAUGGCGACGCGACAUCUCGCUCAUCAGAAGAGUGUGAUCAGGCCCAAACACACAGCGGUAACUCAGACAGAGCCUGACUCACGACGAGGCCUGCAGCUUCACAUCCCAUACGCAAACAGCA